AUGUCUGCAUCUCCGACUAUCGCAGCCUCCACCAAGCGUCCACUUGAAGAGCCCUCUUCGCCUGCUGGACCCAAUGACCAGCCUGACGCCAAGCGCCCUGCCCUUGACAAGAUGGUCAAGGAUGAACACAAUGCCGCCACCGACAUCGAGAUUGCACAGCCAGCCAAGAGCGAAGGCCUUGCUGCAGAAGACGUCAAGGCCGAAGCUCUCAAGCCAGAAGACGACACUGCUGAAGUAGCUGCUCAGAACGGAGGUGAACACACACAGACGGAUACCGUCGUUCCUGAUGCCCCCGCUAUCCUGGAGACGCAGCCCAUCCAGUCCACUUCUGGCGCCAACGGCCGUCCCGGCAACGGCAACCAACAAGUUGAUGAGACCAACUGGCUGCAUCUGCGGGCCUGCAUUGGCACCAGCGAAGCUGCAACCAUCAUCGGAAAAGGCGGAGAAAACGUGACUCAAAUCCGACGUCUAUCUGGCGCAAAGUGCACAGUCAGCGACUAUUCGCGAGGCGCUGUUGAGCGCAUUCUGACCGUCAGCGGUCAAGUUGACGCUGUAUCCAAAGCGUUUGGUUUGAUUGUGCGCACUCUGAACCAGGAAGAUCUCGAGAUCCCUUCCACCUCCACCUCGAAGGCCUACCCUAUGCGUUUGCUCAUCCCUCACAUCCUCAUUGGCUCCAUCAUUGGCAAAGCAGGCGUCCGCAUUCGUGAGAUACAAGAGGCCUCCAAUGCGAAGCUCAACGCUUCCGAUACUCUCCUGCCCAAUUCUGGCGAGCGAUCUUUGGUCGUUCUUGGUGUUGCCGAUGCUGUACACAUUGCGGUGUACUAUGUUGCCCAGACUCUAGUCGAGCAGCUAACAGAACGUUUUGGUGGCCCUGCCGCGUCCCAGUACGCAACACGCAGCGGCAUGGCUGCAAACGUUGUUCCUGGAGGCAUGUCUGUUCAGCCGUACGUUCCCCAGCCUGCUGGAGGUCAGUACUCGCAGCCUCACCCGAACAACUUCCGUCGACCAGAACCCCAGCGCACUCCUCAGCACGGAGGGUAUGGUGCUCCUCACAUGCACGGCCAGCCACCUCAGCAGACACCCUAUGGUCAUGCCAGCAUGCCUUACGGAGCUGGCUCGCCUGGUCGUGCUCACUACGGCGGCCCUGCACAGCCAACGCCUUACGGUGCCCACCACGGUGCAGCACCUGUUGCACAUGGUGGAGCUCCUAGCCAACCGCCCGUCGCGAUGCCAGGCCAACCUCUCACACAGCAGAUCUUCAUUCCCAACGACAUGGUGGGUGCAAUCAUCGGCAAAGGUGGUGCAAAGAUCAACGAGAUCCGCCAGCUCAGUGGUAGUGUGAUCAAGAUCAACGAACCUACCGACAACAGCAACGAACGCCUGGUCACGAUCACAGGCACACAGGAGUGCAACCAAAUGGCACUCUACAUGUUAUACUCACGACUCGAAUCGGAAAAGCAUCGUAUCUAG